AUGUCUAAAAAACCUGAUGAAGCAAAUAAAGAGGAAAAAAAGGAGCCAAGCAGGCCAAACUCUCCAGUAUCACUAUUCGGCUCUGAUGGAGAAGAUAGAUUAAAUUAUAUUAGAAUAGGUCUUCGGGGUUUAUUUUAGCCCCUCUCUGCCUUCACCGACUUCAGAAUCUUCGUCCUAGGCACACAAUUAAAAUGGCGAGCCAUCCGACCCGUCCUUCUCCUGUACCCUCAGGGAUUACGGGGUUAAGAAGUAAAUGGGCCUGGAUAUUGUGUCCAGGGUGGGUUUUUUUUUACCUUGGUCGGGACACCACGACAAGGUUUUUUUACCUCUCACAAAGACGAGAAGACCAGAGCCGCAGAAUCAGGAGUCACACUUCAGGACUAGAAGGAAGUGAGGAAGCUUGUAGUGGAGCUUGGGGACCUGAAGAAGACUCCGGAAGGCUACUUUUCCCCCUCCCCAGAAAGGACGGCGCCGGGUCACUAGACCCUGAUCAAAGGAGUACCUGGGUGAGUCUCCCUGUCAGAUGGCGACGUCACCAUUUUUUGGUGACGUCGGCAGAAAAUGGAGUGAGCAACAGAGCCGGUGCAUAGGGCGCAAGCCUAAAGCUGGCAGCGCUGGGUAGAGGCUGAAAUAAACCUCCGUGACCCGCUAAAACUAAUUAAUCUAAUCUAAUCGUCCUAGGCAUCUAUUUGCACUUACGCUCUUUACUGUCGAUAUCACCAAAAAAUGAUGGCAUCGCCAUCUCUCAAGAGAGACGCACCCAUGCACUUCCCUGGACAACUCCUAGCGGUCGGCAUUAUAUAUCCGGGGAGAUAGGGCACACCCUGAAAUCCUCUUCUGGCACCCAUUACCCUUCGCAGAGUUGUUACAUGAACUCUGGUUUCCUUGUCUAUGGUACAGAUUAAAGAAUCCUGCUUUGGUGUCCAGACCGGGGAGAAAAAAAGGACACAAGUUCCAGAUCCUAGCCCUCUUGACCGAAAAAACCCCUAGUGUAUGGGAGAGGAUAGGCUGGAUAAUUCGCCAUUAUUUGUGUGUCUGAUGGAGAAGAAGAAGUAAAAAUCCCCACAAAGAAAAAGAAUAAUAGUUCAAAUGACCCAAACAUAAUAAUAAAUCAAAUUAAAUUAAGAUCUUAACGUCUUCCAGAUUUGAUGCCUCUGCACGCUUUCGAUCAACGCCAGUCUGCAUCCUUGUGGCAAUUCAGCCGCUAUUUGAAUUGAUCUUCUCUAGGAGCAGGGCUUGCACUGUGAUCCCCAAGAGUAUCGACGGGUUAGAAAGACCCCUGUCAGUACGCAAUCAGAUGCUAUGGAGGUAAAGGUAAGCCUGAUACCUCUUAUCGGACACCUUUGGGAGGUGUGACACUCAAGUAAAAAGAGCCACAGCCCUCGAAAACCAAUAGAGAAAGAACCCGUGGCAUGAAAAUCACCCGAAUAAAUAAUGCCUAGACUGGAAUGGCAGCCAAUGUCGCUUCACACCAGCAGCCGUCACGCAGCAAGCCUAGAGUUAGAAUCAGAGGUACUUAGCCUUGAUAUAGGCUAUAAAACCAUUUUGGUGUCCACAGUGGUCGUCAUCGUCAAGGACAUAUUUGCCACCACCAUUUAAUUAUAUAAUAAUAAAGGAAUCACCAUCAGUUAAUAAUAUCCCAAACACAAUAAGCCAUUAUAAUUUAUCCCCUGAGUCCAUACAACUUCCUACAAAAAACCAAGUUUUAAGUGCAGAAUCCACUAUUAAAAACCCCUUUGAAGAAUCUGUUUUUCAAGCUCCAUCAGUAGAUGAAGAUGAGCCGCCUCCUUGGGAAUUGGAGGAAAAUGAAAUUAAGCCACCCCAAAAAGCUUCAGAAGCUAUAAAGCCAACAAAUCAGUCAAUAAAUGCAUUUUUCGAGGAAUCAAAAUUUGAUGAAGUUUCAUUUUUACCUGAUACGUCUAAAAUAACGUUUAAUCCUGAAGGAAAUCAAUCAGAAGUCGAAGAGGAUAAGCCUCCAUGGGAAAUGGACGAGCUUGAAGUGCCACUAAGUAUACCAAUGCCUCAGGUUCCUAUAUAUUCAGAGUCUCCUGAUAUUAAAAAAAGUGUAAAAAAGCCAGCUGUAACUGUAACCGAAGUAGAAAAAAUGCCCGAAAAAGAAAGCUCAGACUCUGAAGAAGACAAAUCCCCUUUUGAUGACGACUUUUUAAUGUCACAAAUGCCACAAUUAGCAAAUAAUCAUAGCUCUCAAGCCGAAUACUUAAAAGAAAUUCCAAAAUCAAGAGCCCCUGCUUAUUUUGCCCAGCCUCUUGAUGGUAUCAUAGCAAAAACAGGGACCGUCUUUAAUCUGAAUAAUAAAAAAUUAUCAACCUCAGGAUAUUUGCAAAUAGGCGAUAUCAUCAGUUUAGUGACAAGAGACGUAGCGCAUACAGCUGAUGAAGUGUUUUAUUAUACAGGAGUGAUAUCAGGUGAUGGUAUUGCAAGCUCUGAGCUUGAAUGUGUACCUAAAAAGCCAAUGCAGCAGCAAAAAAUUGAUACUCUAUUUAGACAGUGCUUAUUUAGAAUUGAGCCAGCUCGACAGUAUGGGUUUUCAAGCUUACUUUCAUAUUAUGAAAAUCAUAAAGAAAAACAUAAAAAAUCUCAUGAAGAGCCAAAUAGAAUCAUGAAAAAUAAAUCAAAGGCUGAUUUUAAGCUUGAACAAGAAUUAAAAAAAUAUAUGACCAUCCACGGCACACAAAAUAAUGAUCAUGAAAAAGAUAAAAUCCUUGAAGAGCUUCGGCAGCAAGCAAAUGAAGAAAUGGCUGGGAAUGAAACUGAGCUCGAACUUUCUGAAGGAAGAAUAGUCACUUAUGGAGAACGUAUACAAUUGAGGCAUAUUCAUAGCAAUUCUUUUAUAACCACAUCUUUAGAAAUAGCAAAGGAGCAUGGCUGCUUAAAGCUAAAGCUAUCAAAAAAUGGAAACGAGGGUUCAUGGUUUGAAAUUAUGCCUGGGGAUAAAUUAAGGCAAGAAGGUGAAAUGGUAAGAUAUCUUGAUGGCUUUUCAUUAAUUUCAAGCGCAGAGAGAUCGAAAUAUUAUUUGCAUAUGGGCGUAUCACUUGUAUAUUCAAGAAAUUCUUGUUGUGAGCUUAAUGCAAGUGAAGCGGCUUCUUUAUGAAAAGCACGAAGAUAUAUGACCCACUACCAAAACAAGGCGAACCCAGAAUAUGUGUCUACAGGAGACUCCUUCAGAAUUUUCCAUAAGCAAUUUGAAGGAUAUUUAAGCAUUUCCACCAGGAAUCUGGGGUCUCAGCUUUCUGAAGAAAUUAAAAUUGUUAAUGUGCUGAAUAAAGAAGAUUAUAAGGAUGUAGAAGUUUGUCAAGUUGGUGUUAAAAAAGAAGAGGCUGAUGCCCAGGAUUAUGGAAGAGUUGAAAUAUUUCUUGAAAAAAAUCCUUCAAGCAGGUCUAUUUGGGAACUUGAAAGAGUAAACCCAUUCCAUGGAGGACCUACUAGGUCGAAUGAAUUAGUCAGAAUUAGGCAUGCGAGCACAGGGAUGUAUAUGUUUAUCACACAAAGGGGAGGGGCAUUACUAGACCAGUUUACCAAAAGCAAUUUUUCACUAAUUCCAGAAGACCCUGAUGAAAAAUUCCUUACUCCUUGGCUAGAUAAUUUAUAUGAUGGUGGCGAAUAAAUUUUUUACUUGACGACGAUGCAUCACCUUGGUUGCAAAAAACUUAAAGGCCUAAAUCAGGGUCUGAGCCAUUUAAUUCUAGAUAAAUAAAAUGGCAUUCGGUUCGAGAGAAAUUAGCUCUGCUAAUUUUCUCUCCCUCAUGGAAUUUUAUUUAUAGGGUUAGGUUUUCACUCGAGAACUUCUGGACAGCAAUAGCGGUUUAACUCUGGGGAUAACCAGAGGAACCACUCCUCAGUCCACUCAAGAUUUCGGGCUUUUACCUCUCAGCACAUCCCCACAGGAGGAUGACCCUUAGGCGGAACACGCGCAGGAGCUGAGUCGAGCGACAAGGGCGACGGCAACGCGCCGGGUGAGACGUGCAGCAAGGCUGGUGAAGCAGGAAUUGAUAGAAGGCUUGGAUGGGGCUGACCCGUGCCAAGAUGGCUCGCCUACGUCACUAGUUUUUGCUAUAGGCCCUUUUGGGCUGCGGCACUAGACACCUUAAACACCAGAUAAUUAAGUAAGUAAGUAAGAGCCAUUUAAUUCUAAUUCUUGACCAUCAGAUAGUGGGGAAUUUGUGAGGUAAGUGGCCUUGGGAAUUAGCUGGUGUUAACUUCAUGACUAGGUAUUGAGUAUAAAGAUGAUUUUGAGCAUCAGCUUUUCCCCCUCCAGCUUCAGACGGUAUGAUUUUUUUUCCCUGGGUGUCAGCAGGAGGUAUUGGGCUAGCCUUUACCUCCAUAACUCUGACGGCAUACUGGCAGGACUUCUCCCUAACAUUCCUGGGUUCCAAUAUUCAAGCCCUACUCCUAGAGAUGACUACUGCUCCAAAUAGUGGCUAAAUUUCCCCCUGACAAGAAGGUAGUCAUUGGUUGAAAGCGUUUUGGCAAAUCUGGAAGAUGUUGAGACUCUUAACCUAAUUUACUCCUUGAUUUAACGACCCAGUCGUUCGAUCAAGUAAUGGAAAAAUUCUUCAUAUAGAUUUUUUCCCGAUAAAUAGUUUAUGCGCUCAUAAUAAAAGAUAGAGCAUUCAAUAUGUUACAAAAUUUCCUAGAAAACAGUAUAAUUGCUUCUAACCAAUUAUAGCAAUAUCUCUAAUAUUCAUUAUUAUGGAUGACUGCAUGAGAAUCAUUCAAUCAAGAAGAAGCAUUACUUUAGCCCUAUCCUACAGUAGAAAAACCAAGCACAACUCCAACAACAUCAGAAAUCCUGCAACUCCCCCAACAUCAGAAAUCCCACAACUCCCCAAAAUUCAAUCAAGGAUAGGGGCUAAUUUUUCAAUUUUCAAUAAAAUUUUUCGAUCAAGGAUACAGGAGUUAGAUUUAACCAGCAUUUGCAAAUUAGAUUGGUCAAAAACGACAUGGGAGGCUUAUAUCUUGCAACAAAAGAAGAAGAUAUAAACAUGAUUGAUUUCAAAGAAGAUUUAAAUAUAGACUAUCAAAAAAAAGUUUCGCUUUGCAUGACACCAAAUAAAAAAGAAAUACUAUUAACAACCUUUGUAUUGGAAGACGUCCAAGAGGAUUAUUCACUUCACAUAUACCAAACUACAAGAAUUGUGAAAAAAAUGAUGGAAUUUUAUGAAUUUGUAAAUAAAUGGGGAGUUUUGCAGGUUGGAAUUCCGCCAGUUCCUUCCUAUGAUUAUGAGUAUGCAGUUGAUACAGAAACCGAGCUUUAUGAAUGAACUGAGCAUAUGUAUGAUAUUUUGAAUAAUUUGAGAGAAAGAAUUGUAGUAGAAGAAUUAAACCCAAAUAUAUUUAAAAGCAGACAAGAAGCUAUUAAAGAUUGUGGGCUAUUAGAUCUUAUGCUUAGAAUUGCAAAGCUUGUUGAGAAAAAAAUAAAAGUCCCAGUGUCUGUAAAAGCAAGCACUGAUUUAGAUAGGAGAAGACACUAUACGUCACUAAUGCUAGAGCUGCUCAAACAAAACGCUGAAGAAGAACUUCAUUUGCCCCAAUUGGUAGCUAAAAAGCAUCUUGAAAGGUUUAUCAAAAGAUUAUAUGAUACUAUUCAUUUGUGCAUUAAAGAUAAUGUAGCAUGCUGUGGAGAGCUGAAAAAUUAUUAUAAGUUUUUAAACAACCAGAUAGGACGAAAUAGACUUGAGGUAAAACGAAUCAUUAAUGAAUCAUUUAAGCACUCUAGCGAAAUGCUGAAUGAAACCUCCUUAACUCAAUUUCUUGAUUGGGCAAAUCAGCUGAAGCCUCUCAAUGAAACUGAUUAUAUAAGAGACCAAAUUAUGGUACUUAAAAUAUUAACGUCUCUAUGCAUUUUUAAGAAAAAAGGAAUUGAAAGGCCAGUUCAACGCUAUCAAAAGCUUGUAAAAGAAUUUCUUUUUAUAAAUGGUAAACCAUUGAAGCUAGCAAAAUUUGAUACCGUACAAGGUAAAGAGUGUGUGCAUUUUCAUAUAGAAACUUCAGUCGAGCAGUUUUGUGAGAUGAAUAGUGAGUCAAAGCUUGUUCCUUAUCUAUUACGUGGAGUUAUGCAUACAGAUGGGCAGGUGUAUAUACCAUUGGAAGAAAUUAAUGAUAUGAAUAUCAUUGACUAUUUAGCAUCUUUAAUAGAUUUACUUUCAGGUAGUUCUCUGAUGAGGAGUACUUCUUUUAAAAAUGAAAUUUUUUAUCAUUAUGGACUUUCAUUUCAGCAUUGCUUUAGUUGCAUGAAAAAUGUCAAAUUAAAUACUAGACUUCGAACUGCUUAUAUGACUUUUCUAAGAAUAUUUUUUAUUGAUGUAGAACCAAGGAUUUCAUUGUCUAUUUCUCAUAAUCGAUGCUUUUUAUGGAAUAAUGAAUUGAGGAGUAUUGAUCCUGAUGAGCAAGCUUAUGUUAAUCCAGAAAUAGAAAUAAUAACAAUUCCUUUUCAAUUCUUAAGAAAUAAAAUGGUGAUGUUGAAGGAAAAUGGACACCAAGGCGCACUCAUUAUGGAGCGGAUAGGAACCAUCUUGAUGAAGCUGAAAGAAGGCAUAUAUCCCUUUAAAUAGGCUUUCAGGUUUGGGGAUGCUUUUCCGAACAGGGAAGGUUGUUUUUCCCGAGAAGGUUUUCCUGCCCUUAUUAGAUUGGCUAUACAGGUCUUUGCCUGGAAUAUGAUUUUUCCUCAUCAAGAUCAUCAGGGCACUUUUCGUUCAGAGAUCGAGCCUAGGGAGAUAAUCCCUUAGACAAUGGUUCAGGUCGGAAAUUUAAAAUGGUAGCCUUCCAUUUUCCUCAUUUGAACUCCGAGGACUAUGGAGCUGCUAAACUUGGAGCCAAUUCAAGUAAGGCUAGUGCUCUUGUCCGCUUAUGGCCAAUAAUCAUUUUAAUUUAACUUUCAAUCCUUAGCAAACUGAAUAGAAACGACUUGGAUUUGCGGUGAAUCGCCUAUUGAUGAAAAUCAUACUGAUAAGUACAAGCACAAAAUUAAAUUUAUCAUCGAAUUAAUUGAGCUAACAAAGUCAGUUGUGGAUCUAAAUUAUGUAGACUACGAAUUUGUAUCUAUGGUAUAUGAGCCAGUUCUUGGUUUUCUAAUGGAAUAUAGCCAUGAGCCCGAUGAAAUAGAAUCAUAUCAUAUUACUAAAUUUAAUUAACUUCAACUUGAGACUUUAUUUAUACUUCGUAGUGAGAAGUUUUUCUUAUCCGAAUUGUCACUACUCCGAACUCAUUUUGGGCCUCGCAGUCCUGCUCUCUAGUCCUAGUCCCGGCGGAGCCAUUUAGAACCCAGAAGUAAGGGAAGCCUAGAUUUGGGAAUUGCCUUGCUCUAUCCAAAUUUCCUUCCAGCGCCUGCUUCAGCCUAAGGGUCCUGAAUUUUAUAUGUGCAGUUGAAUCAAAGUUGGGUUAUAGAAUGGAAUUCGCUGAGCGAAUUACCUUUUAUCCGAAGCCAUUUUAUUAUUAUCCGAUGAAAUUGAAUCAGAAAAGUUACAUUGAUGCACAGAUAUAAAAAUCAGAGAAAUUGAGCAAUUAUCAACAGUAAAAGACACAGCAAAAGAGUUAACGAGCGCAGCAAUUCAGCUAAUUAAGAUAUUUUACAUAGUAAGAACACAAAAGCAAAUUGAAAAGUUUGUUAUUGAAUUCGGCCAAAUAAAUCCAGGAGAAAAAAUAAACUCCAAGGAUCUAUUCCAAGGAAUUUUUGAAGGUCUUGAUUUUAGGAUCACAAGAGCUUCCAAAGAAAAAAGGAAUGUUGGAUUGGCGCUUUUUCAGCAAGGAAUGAUAAAAAACACCACAGGAAAAAUUAGCACAAACAAUAUAGUCUCUAAGAUUGCAGAAAUGAAUGAGCAUUUAGACAAAAAAUUUCAUUUAGACAUACAGCUUAUUAGGUUGCUAUUUAAGUCAGGGAAUGCAGGAAUUGAAAGAGAUACUCUUGAUUUGAUGAUUUCCAAUUUUAGUCAAAGAGAGCAUUUCAAGAAAGAAGCUGAAGAUAUUUUAUUAUUGUGUACUCCAAAGCAAAGGCUUUUUUAUAAAAAAAUUAGUCUUCAAGUUUAUUUGCUUAGAAAGCAUUUAAAAGUUUUUAUACACUAUGGAGAGAUGCUUUAUCAUGAAGAAAAUGACUUAAAAGAUGAGCAUUUAAAAGAAAUAAUGAACGAAAUAGAAAAAGAAAUACGGAAAAUAACCAAAUUUUUAACUAUUAGAAAUGAUCCAAGUUCAGUUACUCUAAAUCAAGGAAUUUGCAAAAAUUUAGACAAUGAACGAAUUUAUUUAGAAAUUGUAAGAACACUUUAUGGUGAGCCAAAGCUCACCGCGCUAGGCCUUAAGCUUUAAUACCAACCCCUAGCCAUGACAAGGCGGCUUAUCUUCACAUUUCUCUCUCAUCUGUCUUCGUAAGAGCACCCAUCUUCCAUUCGAUUACGCCCAGUUAACUUGCAUCUUCUCAGCUGGAGCCCAAUGAGCUGUAAACUUGCUUCCAUCUUGCCUUAGACCAUCCAACUCCCUGCAGACCUUGAAUCAUGCAGAGACUCGUGCAGCCUAAACUACCCAAUCUUCGUCCCAUACGCCUUAAUUCCAGUCCGUCUCUCUAGCCAUCCCAAGGCCGUUGAGUAGAUAUUGGUCUGAGGAAGCUCUGCUGAGCAAAAACCUCACCUGGAGAGAAAACUUAAAUUAAUAAAAGGAAGCUCUUUUUCGGUCGACCUAUUUUCCAUUUAUAAUAUUUUCUAUAAAAAUUUAGGACUCCAUGAAAUUUUAAUAAAUUUUUUGAAAAGAAAAUUUAAAUGAAUACAGAAAGUUUCAUAUGAAAAAGUCAAGGUUAAUCACCAUAUGAUUAGCAUCUAUCGAAUUAUUAUUCGAUGUCUCGUCGCAUUUUCAUUCAAAAAUCUUAAAAACCAGCGGCUUUUAUUUGACUAUAUCGGCAAAUUUGUAAUUUUUAUUGGAAAUGGCUGUGGGGUUAGCAGGCUAUUAUCUCAAAUUUUAGCCGGACAGAGAAAUAAAGAUACAUCAGAAAAAGUUAUUGAGUAUAUUUUUACGCUUAUUUAUAUGUCAUCUGAUAAGGAUCACGUUUCCCAAGACUUUAAGAUGCUUCGCUCUUUAAUAAUUGACGAAAAUAACGAAAUAUAUACAACCAGUCAAACAAAUGUAAUAAAAGCUAUAAUAAAAAACAAAGAUUUCAUGAAAUAUUAUAUAUCAGGACCUUCCCAGAUCCUAAACCUGCUGAAUUUUAAGCCUGAAGAUUAUGGCUCUCACUCAGCUCUUAUAAAUCUUUUAGCAAGCUGCUCAAUACAAAAUAAUUUUGUAGUGCAACAAUGCAGAAAACUGAUCCCUUCUCAGCCACUUAUAAAUGAAAUUUUAGGUGACAACCUACAAUAUAAGGUAAAAUCAGCUUUCCUGAGCUUUUUAUUUUAUGUGUAUUUAGUUGACAUCUCUGAAGAACUUCCUAGAGAAAUUGAUAUAAGUUUUGGCAAAGUUCUAUUGAGAAAUGUUUUUAUUAGUGAUUUAAAAAAAGCAUUAAAUAGCCUUGAUGGACUGCUAGUUAUUUGCAAUAAACAAAAAUAUAAAUGCGUUUCUGUUAUUGAAAACAUCGAAGAUGAUCAUGAAAAUUUAAGGAGAAGCUCAGAUCCAAGCGCUCCUCGAUGGUUUAAUAAUAAAGAAGCUUUAAGCAAAGAAGAAAUGAGAAUAAGAGAUUUUUGGAAAUAUAUUAUUGAUAUAAAAACAUGAAAAACUGAAUUAGCAACUGGCUUAUUAAUUUUGAUAAGAGAAAUGAGCAUAGAAAUAAAAUAUGCCAGAAGAGGCAUGGACGAAGAAAUGAUUGAACUGUUUGAAGAGCUACGAAGAGCUGUCUCUGACUUAGUUCAAGCUCUUAAAACUCUGGCUUCAGAAAAUCCUCAUUUAUCGUUUGAUUUUCUAAUCGAAAAAAUUUCAAAGAUAGUAACCACAAUCCCAAAUUUUUCUGACACGAAUGAAAUGAAAAAAAUCCGUGAUAACAGCUAUUUUGCUCUUAUGGGGAAAAUUUCAGACUUUCUGAGAGAUAGGAAAAUGACUAUUGAUUAUUUCGUUAAAAACUAUCUUAUGCUUGAUAAUGAAUCUAUAAGCUGCAAUAGUCUUGCAGACAAACUAUGAUUUGCGCUUAAAAAAGGAAUUGAUUAUGAGACAAUAUCAACAGGUCUUUCUUCUUUAUUUUCUUCAGGAGAAGACUUUGAAAUUAAAACUUCUGUCCUUUAUGAUAGUAUUUAUGGAUUCGUAAGCUACUCACGACCAGAAAUUUCAAGGUUAAAUUCUUAUAAAAGCGAAAAUUAUGAUGUGCAUAGUGAUAUAAAUGAAGAGCUGAAUGCUUUUAUAAGAAACGAAGUCGACAAUAUGUGCAGAGAAUCAGGAAAUGCUGAGUUGAUACAGCUUGUAGAAAAUAUAAAACUAUUAAUUGUUGACCCUGCCUUGCAAAAAAUGGAUGAUAAAGAAUUGAUGGAAUUUGCAAAAAAUUUGGAUACUGCUUUUUAUAAAAAAGAGCACAAAAUUUAUUUGAUGGAAAUUUUCAGGCAGAUGAUUAUUAUUGAAUAUAAUUCAAAUAUACCGCUAGAAGAUAAAACGCAAAGAAUCCAUGCUAUUCAGCUUGUUUUGAGCAAUUCAGGAAUGGGGAAAAUGGCUCUUUCUCUUAUAAACAAAGAUAAUGAUAUUGCGAUUGUACAUGGAGCAGUUCGCUUGCUGCAAGCAAUACUAAUCCAAAAUAGCCCAACAAUAAAAGAAAAGCUGCUCGAAUGCUUAACUCCCUUCUUUUAAAUUGGAACAAAAUAUAGGUAAAAUUUGCAUUUUUUUGGAAAAUUAACCCCCUUUAAAUUGGGACAAAAUUCAAUUUUAUAAUAAAAAAUUUUAUAGAUAAAAAUCAUAAUUUUAUGUAAAAAGUUUUGAUAUAAGUUAAAUGUUUUUUUUCUUAACUAAAAUUAAAAAUUUAGUUAUAUCUUGCUCUUGUUUAAAGAAAAGAAUAUAAAGAGCAUCUUAUUUAAAUAAAUUUAUUAUCCUUAAUUGCUGAAUUUUUAAAAAAAUUUAAUUUUUUUUUAAUAAAAAUAAUAUUUUUUAUUUAAAUAAUUUGAUAUAAAUUCAAUGCGAAUUCUUUACACAAGUUUGAAAAUUUACUUAUUUCUUAAAUUAAAUUAAAGAAUAGAGUAUAAAUAACAUCUUAUUUAAACAAAAUUAGCACUUUGAUCCAUAAAUUUUCUAAAUUUUUUUUAUCAAUAAAAAUAAUAAUUUUUGUGUAAAUAGUUUUGAUACCAAUUAAUAGUGGCGUAAUAAAAAUUUAGCUAUAUCUUGCUUUGUUUUAAAGGAUAAAGAGUAAAUUGCAUUUUAUUAACUCCCCCCUCCGUGAGCGAACAAAAAAAAUUUUGUUCGCUCACGGAGGGGGGUUAAUUUUUUUUUUUAAAAAAAAUUUAUAUAUAAUUUUAUAAAAAAUAUUUUUUUCGAAAUUUAAAAAAAUCCUAAUUUGCAAAAAUUGGGAAGCAAAUAUUAAUUUAAUUUGCAAAAUUUAUGUUUUAAAAACGCAAUUUGUUUAAAAUUAAACAGAAUUAGCUCUAGAUUUCAUUAUACUAAUUAUCACUUAUAUAUCAAAAUUUUUUUCCAUUAAAAUUUUUUCUAUUAAAAAAAUUUUUGUUCACUCACGGAGGGUGGGUUUUUGGUCAAAAAAUGGCGAUUUUUCUAAUGGUUUUGUUCGCUCACGGAGGGGGGGGGGGGAGUAAGCAAAUUUAUUAAUCUAAUUAGAUAAAUUUUUGAAAAUUUUUUUUAGAAAAAUUUUCUUAAGCCCCCCUCUAAAUUGGAACAAAAUGUUUUGUUCCAAUUAAGGGGGAGAGUAAGAGAAAAUGAACAAUCUUAUAAUUUAUUUUCCUUCAUUAGAAAUGAACUGCGAGAAUGCAGAGACAGGAUAAUUCACAAUUACAAUUUAAAGCAUCGACAAAUCUCCAAAAGAUUCAGCUCAUUUAAAGUUAAGCCUGAUACUGAAAACCAAAGCUCCAAUCUCUGAAGCUGAAAAGUUGAUAAAGGCGAGCUUUGUAAGGAUUUUCUAAAACUUCUUCAAUUACUCUGUGAUAACUGCUAUUUGCCAUUUCAGAAUUAUUUACGAGAACAAGAUGAAACUAACCAAAGAGUAAGCAUUGACUUAAUUACAGAAAUUGGAAAUUUUUUAACAAAUCUGCAGGAUAUUGACGAUAUCAAAGGUAAAUUUAUAAGCUCAAAGCCAGAAGAAAGAGAAGGGAUCGAAAUAACUUUGCAGUGUCUAGAGACAUUAAAAGAAGCUUGCCAAGGGCCAUGCAAAGAAAACCAGUCCAUUCUUGGAGAAGGGGAGAGGAUUUAUAAGUUUUUAAAUUGGCUACUUAAUUGUAAAGAAGAGUCUUUAGAAGUUGAGCCACAAUACAUUCAAAUAUUUUUUGAAGCAAUUGAGUUCUUGCAUGCUUUGCUCGAAGGUAAUGGAAAUCCUGAGGUUGCUCAUUGUAUGAUUGAAGAGCUUGAUUUGAAAGCUUUAAUGAAAAAAGCGACAUUCAUUUUCAAUAAGCAUGCCAAAAAUAGAGAAAAAUAUAUCUACCAAGAAAAUAAAGGCAGGCCUAUUUGGUUUUUAAGGUUUUUUGAAAGAAAAAGAGACUAUAAAUAUCAAGACCAUGAGCCAAUAAUAGGUCUAGGGUUUUCUAUAUCCAUUCUGUUUUCUACUCUGCAAGAUCGAUUUCCUGAUCACUAUAAAGUAAAAAUUGAUUAUUUAUCAGGAAAUGCUUCACUUAAAGAGCAAAAAGAAAAAGAGUUCAACCUUGUUCAUGGAGCAGAAUAUAUAGCAACAGGUGAAUCUGAAUCAGAACAUUUAAGGGACGUUCUCUUUGCAAAAGCGAAAUCAUUUUGAAUGAAAAUUAAAUAUUUGCUGCCUCAUAGUUCACAUAUCAAAAUAUCCCCCGAAGACAUCACGAAUUUCCAAGAAGCCCAUAGCUUUUAUGCAAAAAAUAUUGCCUGUGUAGAAAUUCAAAAUCAAUCAGAAAUCACAAAAAUCUUUUUCCGGAUUCCUGGAGUGUGCCACUAUAUGACUAGCAAGUCAAGAAAAGAAAUGAUCCAGCCUUCUGGCCAGAACUCCCAUCAAGAAAAAAUUGAAGACUUUUAUAAUAAAAGCAAAAGAUAUCAAGUAGAAAUGCUGCAUCAGCAAGAGCUUAACCGCUACCCACUUUUAGAAAAGUGAACUUCAAUCUGGAGAACUUAUACGUCUGCGUCAUUUUUCUUGGUUAUAUGUAUUAAUAUAAUUCUGCUUUCAACAAUUCAGCAUCAAGAGGGUGAAAAAACUGGUAGCUGAUUUUAUAUAGAAGAUGAUGAAAUCUUGACCACUCUCAAUGUUCUAUCAGCUCUACAGAUAUUUUUUGCUUUCUCUGCAUUGACGGCUUAUUUAAUUGAAUAUUAUCCUGUAAUUGUGUAUAAAAAUCUAAUUGAAUCGAAUAGAGGUUCAAAAUUUCUUAUGAAAGAUUUUCAAUUAAGAAGAAUUGAGGGAACUGUUUUACUAAAGGAAAUUAUGGGUCGCAGAAGGGCAAAUAAAAUAAACCAUCAUUUACCGAAAAAAAUAAUUAGUAUUUUCUUACUCAAAUUAAAAAAAGCAAGCAUUUUAAUUUAUUUAUAAUUUAAAAUCAAUUUUUAUCCAUUUAAAUUAAAUAUUUACAUCGAUAAAAGCCAAAAAAUAAAUUUUUUGAAAUAAAAUAUAAAUUUGACAAAUAUGCACAUUUAAUAAGCAAAAGUGCGCUUCCUAUUAAUUAAUAGAAGUUAGAUUUUCAAGCAGCUUACAGUACGAUUUAUCUUAUUAUUUCAAUAUUUUCUAACAGAUUCUUUUUGCUCUAUUGCAUUCUUCUCUUAGAUAUCAUCAAGCGCAGCGAAGAUCUUGCAAAUAUUUUGAAAUCCAUUACAUUAAAUCUCAAGCAGCUUAUAUAUACAACGAUCUUACUCCCCCAUCCAUUACAAACAAAAAAAAUAGGAAAAUUCCUAAUUUUGCCCCCUCCAUGAUGAAACAAAAAUCUCUGAUAUAUAAAUGAUAAUUAAUAUAUAAUGAAAUCUCGAGCUAGAACAAUUGCAUUUUAAACACAUAAAUUUUGCAAAUCAAAUUAAUAUUUGCAUUUCAAUUUUUGCGAAUUAGGAUUUUUUUAAAUUUCGAAAAAAAAAAGUUUACUAUAAAAUUUAUUUCAAAAAACAAAUAACCCUCAUGGAGGAGUUAGGAAUAAUCAGUAUCUAUAUUUUUACAGUAAUAGCAUUUGCGUCAUUUUCUGAGUAUUAUGUUGAAGGAGGCCAAUCACCUGUGAAUACAUAUUGCAAUAGACUAUCAGAGUGCCUUGUAAGCAACAUAGUAACAGGUGUCAGAUAUGGAGGAGGAAUAGGUUUCGCUCUAGACCAACCUUUAGAAGACGAUCAUAAUUACUGAUAUAGACUUCUUUUCGAUAUGCUUUUCUUUAUCAUCAUUUGUAUUCUACUUCUAAAUAUUAUUUUUGGUAUUAUUAUCGACACUUUUGCAGAGCUUAGAGAUCAACGUCAAGCUGAGCUUGAAGACAUGUACGAAAACUGCUUUAUUUGUGGGAAAAGCAAGUUCACCUUUGAAAUCAAUAAAAUCAGCUUUGUGGAGAAUAUUAUAUAUAUUAAAAUGGCGACACGUGUCAGCCUGCUCUCUUGGCACAACAGUCCAAACCUUAAGGCCCGGCAAACUGGGACUGAUUUUGAGUCAAGAAUCAAAUGUAGUGUCUAGAGAUGUGCAUCCAAGAAGGUUUUGGCUGUUUUCCUAUGGUUGGAAAUGGAGGUAUUCAGCAACGUCCUUUGGAUCAAUCCAUGGGCAUUCCCUACCGAGAAAUUGGGGGUUUCGGCCCAGGCCACAGGGGAGUAGUCUUUUUCCUGUAGCUGUCGAAGGUAGGCACUUCGUCACCAGAAAGACUCCAAGGAUCCUUGGAAUCAAACUACUCCGUAGCAGCAGAAAUCCAUAAGCCGCCCACUCAAGACUGAAACCUCAAGCAAGGAGGAGACAGAAGGUACCGAAAGUGGCAUCCACCUUCGGGGGAAAGACCCUCUGGGCUGGAGUCUAAAAGAGGAUAAGCAUCCGUACGGGAGGUCUUUGAUGACUGCGCCACUAAUCUGGCUAACGCCUGACUUUAAUAACCUAACCUAAUCAUGUGGAGCAUAUUCAGACUGAGCAUAAUGGCUAUUCUUAUAUGUCAUUUUUAAUAUAUAUCAAUAAUAAAGAUUUGAAGGACUGUAGCGGGGCAGAGAAAUAUGUAAAGGAAAUGAUAAAAAGAAAAGAAGUUAGUUUUUUCCCAAGCACAUCGCUUUCUUUAAUGAAAAGGGAAAGCGAACUAGAGGACAAGAAAGAAGAUGUUAAUGCUGAAUCUUUAAAUCAAGAGCUUUCGAAUAUACAGAUGGAAAUAAUUGGAUUGUUAAGUGAAGCUAAAAAUAAAAAAGACAGACCUCCUGAAUAG